AUGGCUGUGAAGAAUGUUAUAAGCUUGAAGGCCUUGGUGGACAAGGGGAGCAACACAAUUAUCUUCGUAGAGUCUGAUAACGAUUUUAUUGAUGUUCUCUUGAGUUUCUUGACAAUACCAAUGGGAACAAUUGUCAGGCGUGCCCGUAAACAUUCAGUACCGCUGGAAAAAGGUUGCAUGAGCAAUUUGUAA